AAUACUACAAUCUUUGACAUAGCGCGCCAGAUACAAACGUGAAUGUCGUGUGUUGAAAGUUAAAUGUUUAUGGAUUUUCAAGCUUUAAAAAAGAGUUUUCGUGCGCUGAGUAUCAUAAAUCAAUUGAAACAAAUGCGUGGUAAACUUCCAUGAAAUGUCAAAUAGAAAAGCAAGAACAAAAAGAAAGAGAGAGAGGACUAUUGCUGAAUAUGAGUACGAUUUCUCAAUAGUCAAAGAUAUUGGCACUGAUGGCACCGCCAUUAACCAAAUAAAAUUUAUGGCCAUGCUUGGAUUACAUCCUGCCGAAGCGACGUCGUCCAACAUGGUGCUAGUAUCUACAGGUUAUUCAGUGUCGCACGCGGUCGAGACAACGUGCGUGAGGAGACACGUACGUGUGCAAGUCACCCACCUUCAGGAGGCGCACUGGGUCGUCAGCUGGAGAGUCGGCGUGCUGCAGGUUCCUUACUCAAAUCUGUUCCACAAACACAGGAGAAGGCACCUGCGACAAACUCUGCGGGCAUUGAGUCAAAAAUUCCAAAACCCAAUACUCAUUGUCUAUAAAGAAAAUUUGACUCCAAAUUGCUUGAAUACUCAUGAGUCUCAAGUGAACAAAGCAGUAACAAUGUACACCACCUCAUCGCCACAAGACACUGCAGUACGACUAGCCAAUUUGGCCAGAGAAGAGAAAGAAAAUGGCCAUGGUUUAUACAGUUUCAACCAAACAGAAACUGGCACUAAGCAAUUUCAGUUCUACCACAACCUGCCCGGCAUAAACAUCCUCAUGGCACUGCGCCUUGCUCGCAAGUUUCCGUUCGUGGGUCACUUUCUCAAAAGAUGCAAGACAGUAAAAGAUGUACAAGCAGUAACUGGGGUGAGCAUGCCUUCGGCACUGAGCCUGCUGAAAGCUCUGAAGUAAUCAUGGAUGUCUACAGAGAUUACACAUCUCAUUGGCUGUUUUGAAUAAGUUUACAGUAAUAGAUUAAUUUUCGUAGUUAACACUACUGGUGAUGACAAUUCUAUCUAGUCAAUGACCAUCCACUAGUCUUCGUUUUUUUCCAACUCAUUGAUCUCUCAAAUUUUCAAGUACGAUUAAUAAAAAAAUCACAGAAUAA